AUGAUCCGCGAGCGGCUCGAGGUGCUUAUCAUCAAGAAGAUCCUCAACACCAAGCACGAGGUUGUGGCUUUCUCUAACCGUGAGACUUCUACGAUGAUCGGCUGUGCAAAUGCUGAAGGAUUUACGAUACCUCCUCUUAUGGUGUUUAAAACGUGGCCAACCGAAGGCUGGGAUAUUGACGGCUUAUAUGAAGAGAUACGCUACAUCAUUAUUCCAGCUCCAGAUUCAACUGAAAGAGGACUUUGA